AUGAAGCUUAUAUGUUCUCUGUUGUACUCAGAAGAAAAAGCUGUCCUUUCCUUCUGUGUUGGCUGUGGGCUUCAGAUCCACGAUCGCUUCGUGCUGAGAGUGUUUCCCGACCUGCGCUGGCAUGUAGCGUGCCUUAAGUGUGCGGAGUGUCAGCAAAACCUAAACGAGACACACACCUGCUUCAUUAAAGAUGGAAAGACCCUGUGUAAAGAAGAUUAUAUCAGAUUAUACGCCACCAAAUGUGCAAACUGUCAAAAGUCCUUCAGCAGUCACGAUUACGUCAUGCGUGCAGGAGUUAACGUCUAUCACGUGCAGUGUUUUCUCUGUGAGCACUGCGAUCGGCUGCUGCAGCCCGGAGACGAGUUUACCAUCCGCGACGGCUUCUUGCACUGCACUGCUCAUGAAAACUCCAGUCACGGAUUAAUGACACUUACACGUGACACAGUACAUGUGACUGACCCGAACACGUGUGAUGGAGUUGCAGACACUUCGUGGUCGGGUGGAAAAGGGGAAUCUGGAUGGCUGGCACCCAUCAAGCCUGAGAAGACUGUACGUGUGAGGACGGCACUCAGCAAGUCUCAGCUACAAGUGCUGCUCACAUGCUACAGUGUGAACCCGCGACCGGACGCUAGCCUGAAAGAACGGCUGAUGGAGAUGACGGGGUUGAGCUCACGGGUCAUUCGCAUCUGGUUCCAGAACAAGCGAUGCAAAGACAAGAAGAAGAGCAUGCUGGAGAGAGAGACAAAGAACAAGACCGGAGAACAGAUCAAUGCGACGGACGUGUCGUCUGUCACUCCUGAGAAACUGGACAUAGACACAAUCAUGCACCCACUGGACCUGCAGACUCUCCAGCAAUCUUGGAAACUCCUGACGAGUCUUUUGAAUUCAGACAUCGAGACGCUUUACCAGGAAGCGGCGAAUCUCGAUUAGUUACA